AUGGAUACAACAGAAUCCCAAAUCUUCAAACCCCUCCAACUGGGCCCCAUAAACCUCAAUCACAGAGUAAUAAUGGCACCCCUAACACGCCUCCGAUCCUCAACAACCCACACCCCCCUCCCAAUCUCAACAAAAUACUACGAACAACGCGCCUCCGUCCCAGGAACCCUCUUAAUCGCCGAAGCAACCCAAAUCUCCCCCUGGACAGGCGGUAUCCCCCACGGCCCCGGAAUCUGGAAUGAAGAGCAAAUCACCCAAUGGAAAGAAAUUACCAACGCCGUCCACGCGAAAGGAAGUUUCAUCUUUUGCCAGUUGAUUGCUUUGGGUCGGGCUGCUGAUCCAGCGACCCUUCAAUCAGAGGGUGGUGGUGGAUAUGAGGUUCUCGCUCCAAGUCCCAUCCCAAUGGAAAAAGGCAAGACAAUUCCAAAAGAAUUAAACGAGGACCAAAUCCAGUCCAUAAUCCGAGAUUUUGCUACGGCAGCGAAGAACGCGAUUCGCGCUGGUUUUGACGGCGUCGAAGUUCACGGUGCGAAUGGGUAUCUCGUUGAUCAAUUCCUACAAGACGUCAGUAAUCAGCGAGAUGAUCAUUGGGGCGGAAAUAUCGUCCACCGCGCUCGCUUCGCGCUGGAAGUGACAAAAGCACUCAUUGAAGCCGUUGGUUCUGAACGGGUCGGAUUCCGUAUCAGUCCGUGGAAUACAUGGCAGGGGAUGAAGAUGGCGGACCCGGUUCCUCAAUUUACAUACCUGGUUGAACAAUUGAGAGAGUUCAAGCUUGCUUAUCUCCAUGUUAUUGAGUCAAGAGUGAUUAAUAACGUGGACUGUGAAAAGGGGGGGAGUAUUGCGUUUUUGCUCGAUAUUUGGGGUCGGACGAGUCCGGUGCUUGUGGCGGGGGGAUAUAAUGCGGAGAAUUUUGAAGAUGCCUCGCGUGAGUAUGUGGAUAACGAUGUCGCUGUUGUUUUUGGACGUCAUUUUCUUGCGAAUCCGGAUUUGCCGUUUCGACUUCGGCAUCGGAUUGGGUUGAAUCAGUAUCAUCGGGAUUCCUUUUACAGUGCCAUGGAGGAAAAUGGAUAUGCGGAUUAUCCAUUUAGUGCUGAGUUUUUGGAUUCGCAGUAA